CUCGGUGACUCGGUUAACAUGUUGUAUAAUCUACACGAUAUACUAAUACUACUAAAGCCUUGUAGUAAAAUAUUAUUAUUGUGCGUAUAAUAAAUAGUAAAUACUAUAAUCAUUAGGCAUAGUAUUCACUAUUCAGUAUAAGUUGUACAAUCCAAUGGCCAAUAUGAUAUGGCAUGGGUAAUGGGUCGAGAAUAAAUGAAUGAAGUGAUCGCAGUCUGAAAAAAAUGCCGCCGAAACAAAGAAAAAUCGCCAUUAUGGGCUACCGUUCAGUCGGCAAGUCGUCGUUGAGCAUUCAAUUCGUUGAAGGUCAAUUUGUAGAUUCUUAUGAUCCAACAAUUGAAAACACUUUUGUGAAAACUACUAAAGUCAACAAUCAAGAAUAUGACUUAAAAUUAGUCGAUACAGCCGGACAAGAUGAGUACUCCAUAUUGCCAACACAAUAUUCUAUGGACAUUCAUGGAUAUGUCUUAGUCUAUAGUAUUACGUCCCCAAAAUCUUUUGAAAUCAUUCAGAUAAUUUAUGAUAAAUUAUUAGACAUGACUGGCAAAGUGCAUGUUCCCGUAGUAUUGGUAGGUAAUAAAAAAGAUUUGCAUAUGGACCGUGUUGUUACACAAGAGGAAGGACGGAAGUUAGCAGAUUCUUGGAAAGCUGUAUUUCUUGAAGCUUCAGCCAAGCAGAAUGAGGUAACAUCAAAAAAAUGUGUAGCUGACAUAUUUCACACCAUGUUAAUGGAAAUUGAAAAAGCGAAUGGGAAUACCGUUCAAGAAAAUAAUAAGUGCAGUAUAUCGUGAGAGUGCAACAUGACUGUUAAUUACAUUUUUUUUCCAUAAAUGUUUAUCUUAAUUUGUAUAACUUAUGUGAAAUGAAUAUGAAAAUUACCAUUGAAAACCGAAAUGAUGAUUGUUAAUUUAGUCGCAUAUUUUAUAAGUAAUUUUAAUUUUAAAUGCAACUAAAAAAAUAUUUUCUUCUACUUAAUGCUAAACUAUUAUUUUACUUAAUGUAUUUUGUAACAUAAUAUUAUGUUUGUUUUAUCAUUUUUUACAUUAAAUUUUAAUUUGAAUUAGUUUUUAAAAUGAAUCAUUUUAAUAGUAUUGUACAGGGUGGUUCUUUUAUCAAUAACACUAAUUAUUUUAAUAUCUAUUUACUGAGAUAAUAUGUACUAUUAAAUAUUUUAUACUGCUAUUUUAUUUCUUUAUGUUAGUUGGUCAAAUCAUGUUCAAUUUAUGAUUCUUAAAUUACUACCUAUAUUUUUCUUUUCGUUAUCUAAACUGUAAAGCAUACGGACAAUGGGUAAAUUGCUCUUACCAGUACUUACACUAAAUAAUUUCAUCAUAAUUACAUAUUGUACUGAUAGUUUUGAUUAACAUUUCUAAUAAAAAUAAUAAUCUAAAUUCUGAAGCAUUACAUUUUGAUGUGUUGUUGUAUAAAAUAAACUGAACUGGUUUGUAUUUGGUUAUUUGUUAUACGUUGUUAGUGUACAUAUUAUGGAGUAGUGAACCAUAUAUUUAACAUGCAUACAUCUUGUCAGUCAUCUAAACUAAAAUUUAAGUGGUUAUUAAUUAACUAUUUUUCUUUAUUUCGGUAUUUAUACAUUAAUAUUUUUCAUAAAAAUGUUCUACUUCAGAUAUUGAAAAUAAGAAUAUAGGCUGCUUUUUAAGAAUCAAAAAUUGGUUGUAGUUUCUCUGUCAAUUAUAAGGAAAAGAGCAAUAUGAAAUGUAAGAUUUAUGUGUAAAUGAAUUUUGAAUAAAUAUAUGUUCACUUCAAAGUA